AUGGAGCUCCGGCAAGGGUCGCUCCCCGUGUCGCAUCUUGAACGCAGGCGUGCAUCGGAGGAAGAAGGUGGAGAAGAAGGAGGCGCGCGAAACCACGAGGGCGUGGUGGUCACCUUUGUGGGCGUGAAAAAAUUGCAGGAGACUGUUGGGAAAAAGCCGGCAGCCGGUCUGGGCAACAUGACCCGCGUCUGGGAAGGGGGCUCGCCGUCCCACGAGAGCGCAUUCAGAUAUCUCCCUCGUCCCUCAGAGGGCGACCCCGGUUCUACGUGGUCGGAGCCACCGACUAGACCGAGCAGUCCCUGGUCUGCAGGGGACAAGCUGGGGGGGUGGAUGAGCCCCGGGUGCACCCGGGGUCUAGAACCCGUGUCAGUUGCACCAUCCCCAUACAUCGCCAUACCGUACAUUGCCGACUAUCGAAACGAGAGUGGCACGGUGAUCUACUCGUGUCCUGCUAUCACGGGCAUAAUGGCCAGCGUUACAGAACAGAUCGUCACUUGUACCAGAAGGCCCACUCACUAUGAAUUCCUGCCAAUAACUCUUCAUGACUGCGUUGGCUGCACCGGCGACGACUCCUCUGCCCUCGUCACCCGCACCGUGAGCGAGGACUUCCGGAACGCCAGCGGGAGCGUUAUCUUCACCUGGCCGUACCUGAUGGCUACGACUGAUGGCAAGACACACCAGGUGAUCACGUGCUCCGAGAAGCCCUCCAGUGUGUUUCGGUGAAAGCAACCGCGGACUGGAAAGGGACAAGCACCAACCACCUUGGCUCACAGGUGAACGCCACCUGCUUUUCCGGUCACCUCGCUCCAGGAGACGUCCCGAGCCAUCUCAUCGCGUGUACGAGCGUCAGCUGGGAGAAGGGGACAGGGUGCUAUGCGGCGUGCGAUGCAGAGCCUCAUGUUGCAGGGGAAAACAUGAUUAGGAGGAACUAAAGCUGGAGCGGCGUCGGGGCUGUGGUUCGGUACGACUGCUCGCCCGAUUUCUACCUCGUAGGGUCAACGUUAUGUAGCU